AUGAGCCGCACGCAGGCGAACCCGAACCGGUGGUACUACGCGUGCGCUCGUGAUCGCGAGGACCCGAAGCGCUGCAAGUUCUUCAAGUGGGAGGACGAGCUCGGCGCCGCGAAAGGGGGCAAUGUGCUCGGUGGCGCGAGUCCUGCGAAAGGACAGACGCUGGGUGCCGCUCCAGGCACGCCCAGUCGGUUGAUGCGACCGACGCCCGGGUCCGCGACGCCCCGCAAGACUGGCACGACACCGAGCAGCACAAGCACUACACCGAGCAAGUCGAGUAGCCGUGCUCCGAACCAUCUCCUGCAAGCGACGCUGAACAAUGCUGCUGGGGUUGAGACGCCCAGCAAGCGACUCAGACGGUGGAACGAGCCUAAGCAGGAUCUGGUGAGCGUACCGGAUAGCGACGAGGACUCCUCGGAUAUCGACUGGGGAUCUGUGGAUGCGGAGAAAUUGGAGGAGGAGGCGCUCAGUCAGACGAACACGCCGCGAGCGAUCCGGUUCGACACGACCCCGAUGACGGAUACAAGGAAGCGCAAGCUGGACACGUUGGUGGAGGACGAACCUACACCAUCCAAGUCCCGCGUCGAGCAGCUCCGCGAUGGUGCACCGGCUUCGCCUGCCACGCCAAACCUUCCACCGACGACGCCGGGCGGUACCGCUCCGCCGCAUCCUGCUCUCGGGGCUAUGAUGACGGCGAUGGAAGACCUGAAGGAGCAUUUGGCGCGGCAGGAUCGACACGUCCGUGCUGCUCAGACGAUGAAGCAGAGUAUGCGCGAGUCAAUCCGUACGCUGCAGGAGCGCGUCAAGGAACUUGAGGGUGGCGAAGGGAGCGCGCCCGUGCUUAAGCUACAGGAGAAGGUCACGCAACUCGGAGAGGAGAACUUGAAGCUGAAAGAGCGGAUCAAGCAGCUAGAGAAGGAGGCAAGGGAGAGGGAGUCGGCUCUCUGA